AUGCAAAUAAAACAAGAAGAUACGGAGAUAGACAUAUUUGUCGCCACUAAAAUAGGUUCAUUCAAACAUGUGAAAUACCACACGGACGCUUCAAAGAAUAAUAAGAAGUGCGUAGAGAACCUGGUGGACAUCAAGUCUCUGCAGAAAGAUGAAGGCGUCACGUGCAUGGAGUGGGGGAACCCGGAGCAGACCGAGAUACUGCUGGGGAAAAAGAAUCAACAGAUUCAGGUUCAUAGUUCAGACGGAACUCUCCUUCGCACCUACACUGCCGACCAUGGGACAGGGCAUGUAGUCGGCGUCGGACGGUGCCGACGACUGAUCAGCGCGCUAAGCACUGGCGUUGUUAAGAUAUGGAAGAAGAAGGAGGAGGUGCUAAUCGACACGGGAGGUAAAUUGGACCGGAUGAGGGUGUGCGCCGAACAACAACUAUUUGCCACGGGAGGCGAAGAAAACGACCUGAAAAUCUACCGCAUCGGCGAGCCCGAGCCCAUAUUCAGCGCCAAAAACCUGGCCCAUGACUGGCUCCAACUGCGCCGAGACAUCUGGGUGUCUGACCUGUGCUGGUGCGGCCAGGGCGGCCAGCUGGCUGCCGUGUGCUCCCGUCAUGGCUAUAUCAGGUUGUACGACGCGCGCGCUCAGCGCCGCCCGGUCACCAACAUCGACCUGGACAAGAUGGCGGCCACCUGUAUAGCACCUGGGCAAGACGAGAGACAAGUGAUGGUGGGCUUCGGUCGCGGGCAGCUCCACGCCGUCGACUUCCGCGCCGCCCGCCUGCACUCGGGCUUCAAGGGCGCCACCGGCGCGGUGGCGGCCGUCGCGCAGGCGCACCGCCGCGUGUACAGCGCCAGCCUCGACCGCCAUCUGCGCGUGCACUGCUACAACACCAAGCGGCUGCUGUACAAGCAAUACUUGACCUCUAAGCUGACCGGGCUCCUGAUACAGACAGAGGGCAGCACUGCUCUCCGCGCCGCACCGGAAGUCAAGGAGGAACCCGAGUGUCGAGACGAGAUGGACCAGCUCUUCCAACACAUGGAUACCAUUCAAGAAAAACCAAAAAGGAAAAAGCUACCACCAGUACCUGCCCCAUCCAAGAAAGCUAAACCGUCGCUAGAGGGCAGCACCAUAGACCUGGACGAUGAACAUAACCAAGGGGAUCAAGAAGAUGCCAUCAAGAAGUUGCUGAGAAGCACCGAGAAGCAGAAGAGAAGGAUGGAGAAGAAAAAGAAAGAGAAGAAAGCUAAAAGCGUGUUCCAUAAUGCUUAGAAUAAAUUGUUA